CUGCCUUCAUUACAGUCCCUGGGAUUCCCUUCACCUCUCUCCUGUGUUGGAGGUAUUUGAUUUGGUCUGAUUCUCCUGUCUUUUGUCUAUGACCUGGUUUUGGUGUAUUUGUUUGUUUUGUUUUAUCUCUGGAAGUCUUCAGAUCCCCCGUUGUUCUAAAAUAAUAUUAUAAUCUGUCUUUGUUUUGGUCAUUCAGUGGAUUCUUUUAAUCUAUCUUUCUGUUUUGGGGCACCUGGGUGGCUUAGUCGGUUGAGCAUCUGACUUCAGCUCAGGUCAUGAUCUCACAGUUCGUGGGUUCGUGCCCCGCAUCAGGCUCUGUGCUGACCACUUGCUCAGAGCCUGGAGCCUGCUUCAGCUUCUGUGUCUCCUUCUGUCUCUCUAUCCCUCCCCUGCUCAUGCUUUGUCUCACUUUCUUUCUCAAAAAUAAAUAAAUGUAAAAAAAAAAUUUAAUCUUUCUGUUCUUUACAGAUGUCUUUGAUUUCCUUCCUCCUUUUCUCCCCCCGUCUAUUUCUGAAACUUUUAUUACUCGACUAUUGGGCCUUCUGGAUUGAUCUAAAGUUCUUUUCUUUAUCCAUCUCUAUAUUUUUAUCUUUCUGUGUGAUUUUCUUGGCUUCCUUUUAUUUCUAAUUUUUCAUUUCGGUUGUCAUAUUUUUUAAAAUCCUAGAGCUUCUUCAUGUUCUCUGAGUAUUCCUUUUUGAGGGCGACCUAUUUUUUAAUGAAUGCAGUAUCUUCUUGAAAUUUUGAGGCUUUCUUCACCCUGCAUUUCUCUUCUUCCACCAAAUGCCUUUUUUCAGUUUGUCUUUUUACGUCUGUGGUUCAGGUUAGGGGCUUUUCUCAAGGGUCUGGUAACUCUGGCUGGCUGGCCGCUCCCAUCGAAGAGGGAGGCACUCAGGCGUAUUAGAAGGCCCAAGUGCAUGGGUAGGCCAUAUUGACUUGUGGGCACCACUGACCGGGUGAUCAGGUGAAGACUGAGAUAAGAGCAUCAGGAGGUCUUUUCUCUGGGGCUAUCAAGGUCAGUUUCUCUGGAGAGGAAUCCUCUAGUCUCCUGGCCCUAGAAGGCUCACCCCUGGCCACUGGUUCUGAAUGCUGGUUAGAAGAAAGGAGCUGAUGUGAUAGUCACUUCCUUCUCACCCUCCUCCACUCAGUGCAAUGCCUCAUACUCACCUGCUGUGGUUCCCUGGCCUCCCUAAGUCCCACCCUACCUGUUUCAUUUUCUCUAGAAAACAAAUCUCUUGCUUUCUUUGGAAGUCGGGGGAAAGAAGGAGAGUUUCCCGGCUGAACAGGUUGGGGGAGGAGAGUGCGGGUUUAACUGUUCGGUACACAAACUUACACAACUCCUUCCUGCCUUCCAAGAUGGCUGGUGUUUUUAAUUCCUGAGCCCUUCUGGGCUUCUGCCCCAAGAACCAGCUCGUUUCCCAUUGGCAUGGCCUUCUGCGGACACACUGGUUUGACUUUCUGCCAUUUGCUAAACCAGUUACCACUUCUCAUCUGCUUUCUAUCAUCUAUGAUUAAUGAUAUCUCUCACCUCUUGUCUCUCUUCUCAUUUGCUUUAUUCUCCCGGCUUUAAAAUUUCACUGAUGCAAUUUUAGCAGUUUCAGGAAGGAAGAGUGGUAAACGUAGGUGUUUAACCUGCUGUGUUUAAUUGGAAUGAGCACGGAGACCAUGAAUUUGUAGCGAUGUUGAUUUGAAUGGUUGGGUGGCUUUUAGUAGCAGAAUCCAGUAGUCCUGGUGGAUUUGGUAAGAGAAGGACUGGCCAAUUGGAUUGGGGUUUCACCGGGUGGAUUUGGUGGAAGCACCAAAGGGCCGGGGGGUUGAGGAUUUUGCACAAAGAGUGGUUGAAACGACAGAACAUACAAUCUGGGUUGCAAAAGUGAAAGGAAUACAGGUGUGGGAGUUGAUGGUUAGAGGAGUCGAUGGACUAGAGAUCCCAUGAAAUUGGAAGAAACUUGUGAAUUUUUUAACAAAUGCUACUUGUUCCUACCACCAUCUUCUCAGCUAGGGGCUAAGGCCCUAUUCCUAACUCCAUUCAUGUUUCUUUGCUUUUGUCCUUCUUCCUUUUAAAAAGAAAAACUCUUUGCAGGCAGGGGCCCUUCCCUCUCUAAGGUUCCCAGGGCAGGAUUGCGUAUGGGGAGCAAGGGUAGUGAUGUCUCAUCUCCCCGUUUAUCCCUGGAGGACACUGGGAGUGCUAGAGCCCUCACCUCCAGUUUUCAUUUCUGAGCCAUGACUGAGGUGGAAUGGGUAAAGCAGGUGCUGGGAAGGCGGCCACACACAGUCUUCCCUGUAGACCCUCUCUUCCGAGCUUUGGGAAAAGCCUCCCUCCUGGCAGGGGUCUCUCGUUGCUCACUAGCUGUUCCCUCCUUACAAACCUGGCAACCUGUUUUCUACCCACACUGAGCUCCUGUGAACACCAGUAGAUGCCUUGGGGGUUCUCUCUUGAAAACCCCUUAUUUUACAGAAACUGAGGCCCUGAAACAUUCUCACUUCUGGCCCAGUGGUCUUUGCACCACAGCAAACUCAGUGCCCGAGAGAGCCGCGUGAGAGGCAAUCGAGCAUAAUGGUUAGGAGCAGGGGCCUCAGAGCCUGACACACGUGGGUUCAGACCCAGCUUGGCCACAUGCCGGCUGCAUGAUCUCAACAAGUGAUAUACAUAGUACCUCUGGAAUCUUAGAGGUACCUCUUCCUCACCUUUAAAUGUUGGUAAUAGGGGCACCUGGGUGUCUCAUUUGGUCAAGGGUCUGAUUUUGGCUCAGGCCAUGAUCUCACUGCUUGUGGGUUUGAGCCCUGUGUCGGGCUCUGUGUUGACAGCUCAGAGCCUGAAGGCUGCUUCAGAUUCUGUGUCUCCUUCUCUCUCUCUGUCCCUACCCCCCUCUCAAAAAUAAACAUUAAAAAAAACCUUAAAUGUGGGUAAUAAACUUACCCUAAACAGUUGCAAAGAUGAUGAUAAUACAUAUUAAGUACAGAGUGUGGCAUAUAGUAAGUGCUGUCUUUCUCUGCUUCUCUCCCUCAAGUCUCUCCACCCAAACACCACACAGCUGCCACCUGUCAGGAGAGCUAAAGUGACAUUGAUGAAGGAUUGACUCUUUCAUUCGCAAGGCCUGGGUCAGCUCUCCUAUUUUCCCCAAACCCAGUCUGCUGAGGGAAAGUUUAAGGGUGGGACCACUACGGUCCCUUGAACCUGUGUUUUCAACUAGCGCGGGGUUCCAGCAGCUGUUGACAGAUUAUAUCAGAGCAGCCCACUUUGAGGAAGGUUCCUCUUCAUGUUUCCUGGAUCCUCUCGCCCCCUCAUUUGGGGCGAGGGUUCCUAAGCCUUGGAUUUCCCCUCUCUCCUUGACCAUCUCUCCGAACAUUCUCUCCCAUGGGGAAUGGAGCCCAUCACAAGGCUUUAGCUGUACCCUGACUCUUGAAUCUGCUUUCUGUUCUAGCAGUUCAUCAGAACUUUGGGCUGACCUCCUCAGUCCUCUAUCCUUUCCUAUCCACGCCACCCUUAUUCAAAUGUGGAUCACUUCUUGCCUGGUUUACAGGAACGCCCUGUUAAUUCUGCAACCCUGUGCCAUAUACUGGUCUUCUGAGCGUCACUUUCAUCACAUUAUUCCAUGCCACAGAGUCUUUCAAUGGCCUCCUGUUUUCUGCAGGAUAAAAUCCAGAUCCUUGGGCCUAGGUGGCACUCAAGCCUCCCCAUAAUCAUGCAGCCCUGCCCACCCUGCCUUUGCUCCCAUAUCAUCUUUGCAGACCUCCCUCCAGCCAGCCUGGCGCCUUCACUGACCUUCCAUACUCUUUUCCCAUGUUAGCUCAUGGCAGCCCCCUGUCCCCGAAUGCCUCUCCCCACCCCCCAUCCCCCACUUUCGCCAAUCCCAUUUCUCCUGCCCACUUUCAAGAUUCAGCCCCAGUCCCACUACACAUCUUCCCCGGCCUUCAGCCGCCACCCAUCUCCUCUUUUCCUCAAUAGCCCUUGGGGGCCGCAUCCAGCCUGCCCUGGGCUGUGACUGUUGCAGGUGCAUCUGUGUCCUCCCAGCAGACAGGGGGACUUUCUCAGUCCCCAGCACCCUGUCGUGAACACAGUUGGUGCUCACUUCAAACAAUGGCUUUCUGUGUAUUGAGCACCCUCAGCCUGCGGGGCACAGGAUGACACUUGUUUAACAAAAUGCUUCCUCAACAUAACCCCUUUUUCUUCCCGCUCUAGGAGAGGACUUUGGAAAUCAGGAUGGGUCUGAAAAGCCUCUGGGGGUUGGGAUGCAAAGAGAGAAACCAUUUCACCUCCACCUGUCUCUCUCUCUCAGGCUCCCUCCCCCUCGGUCUCCAGGGUCACCUGUGGCAGUUUCCUGCCCCGGCUGCCCUCAUCUCCCUGCUGAACAUUCCCCAUGUCCUCCCUGUGGUCGUGGUCGCAGCCAGGUCCCACUUCAGCCCUCUCAUUCUCUAGUCCUUCUGGCUGUUCUCUUAAACCCUGAUGUUAAUGUUUUUGCCUGUCAUCUCAUCUCCCCCUUCUUCAUGUUAGCUAAUGAUUAUUCAGGGACUUAACCCGCUGUCCCUGUCCCAAAUCUGUAAGUCUUUGGGGCAAGGGUCAUGAGAGUGAUCUCAUGGUCAUGUGACUGCUGCCUAUACCUCACCCCCUCUGCUGUCCUGGUCCUAACACUCUCAAAGUUAGUUGUGUGCCCUGCCUCUGGCUCACUUGAACGGAGACCUGAGUGGAAAGAUUUUAUCCUGAUGGCUGACUCGAAACCACUCUUCUCCCUUGAUGGGGACCCGGUGGCUGCCGAAGCCUUGCUCCGGGAUGUGUUUGGGAUUGUGGUGGAUGAGGUCAUUCGGAAAGGGACCAGUGCUUCGGAGAAGGUCUGCGAGUGGAAGGAGCCAGAGGAGCUGAAGCGGCUUCUGGAUCUGGAGUUGCGCAGCCAGGGCGAGGCACCAGAGCAGAUCCUGGCGCGGUGCCGGGCGGUGAUCCGCUAUAGCGUGAAGACCUGUCACCCGCACUUCUUCAACCAGCUCUUCUCAGGGUUGGAUCCCCACUCUCUGGCCGGGCGCGUUAUCACUGAGAGCCUCAACACCAGCCAGUACACUUAUGAAAUUGCCCCGGUGUUCGUACUCAUGGAAGAAGAGGUGCUGAAGAAACUCCGGGCCCUGGUGGGCUGGAGCUCUGGGGAUGGGGUCUUCUGUCCUGGUGGCUCCAUCUCCAACAUGUAUGCCAUGAACCUGGCCCGCUAUCAGCGCUACCCGGAUUGCAAGCAGAGGGGCCUCCGGGGACUGCCACCCCUGGCGCUCUUCACAUCAAAGGAGUGUCAUUACUCCAUUAAGAAGGGAGCUGCUUUUCUGGGACUUGGCACCGACAGUGUCUGGAUAGUCAAGACAGAUGAGAGAGGGAAAAUGAUGCCUGAGGAUCUGGAGAGGCAGAUCAGUCUGGCUGAGGCUGAGGGCGCUGUGCCAUUCCUGGUUAGUGCUACCUCUGGCACUACUGUGCUGGGGGCCUUUGACCCCCUGGAGGCAAUUGCUGAUGUGUGCCAGCGUCACGGGCUGUGGCUCCAUGUGGAUGCUGCCUGGGGUGGGAGCGUCCUGUUGUCACAGACACAUAGACAUCUCCUGGAUGGGAUCCAGAGGGCUGACUCCGUGGCCUGGAAUCCCCACAAACUCCUCGCAGCAGGCCUGCAGUGCUCAGCUCUUCUUCUCCGCGAUACCUCGAACCUGCUCAGGCGCUGCCACGGCUCCCAGGCUAGCUACCUUUUCCAGCAGGACAAGUUCUACGAUGUGGCUCUGGACACCGGAGACAAGGUGGUGCAGUGCGGCCGCCGUGUGGACUGUCUGAAGCUGUGGCUCAUGUGGAAGGCGCAGGGCGGGCAGGGGCUGGAGCGGCGUGUGGACCGGGCCUUUGCCCUUGCCUGGUACCUGGUGGAGGAAUUGAAAAAGCGAGAAGGAUUUGAGUUGGUUAUAGAGCCUGAGUUUGUCAACGUGUGUUUCUGGUUCGUACCCCCCAGCCUGCGGGGGAAGCAGGAGAACCCAGAUUACAGUGAAAGGCUGGCUAAGGUGGCCCCAGUACUCAAGGAGCGCAUGGUGAAGGAGGGCUCCAUGAUGAUUGGCUACCAGCCCCAUGGGACCCGGGGCAACUUCUUCCGUAUGGUUGUGGCCAACCCUGCACUGACCCGGGCCGAUAUGGACUUCCUUCUCAAUGAGCUGGAACGGCUAGGCCAGGAUCUCUGAGCCUCCUCCUUGCUGCUGGCCUCGACACCCCCCCUCACCCUCACUGUUUGUGUGUAUUCCCUUCCUGUGUUAUCAAGAGCAGAGUGAUCUUAACAAUGUUUAUAUGUGUAGACCCACUGACUCUUCUAUGAAAUAUUUGCUGUUGGGAUGCCUGGGUGGCUCAGUCAGUUAAGCAUCUGACUCUUGAUUUUGGCUCAGGUCAUGAUCUCAUGGUUUAUGAAUUUGAGCCCCGCACUGGGCUCCACGCGGACAGUGCGGAGCCUUCUUGGGAUUCUCUCUCUCCCUCUCUCUCUCUCUGCCCCUCCCCUGCUCAUGCUCUUUCUCUCAAAAUAAAUAAACAAAAAAUAUAUAUAUAUGCGUGUUAGGAGACUAAACUAUAGUACAUCCACAUGAUGGAAUGUUGCUCUGUCGCUAAAAUUAUGUUUACAAACGAUUUUUAUUGAUAUGAGAAAAAAUGAUUUUAAUUUAAUGUUAUAUUGAAAAAGCUGGAUACAGGACUUUAUAUAUAGUGAUAGCUGAGCUAUGUUCAAACACACAUAGGGAAAAAACUGAUAAAAUAAAAUAUGCCAAAUGUUAAUAGUUUUCCCUGGGAUGGGAUUAUAGGUAAUUUAUAAUUAAAUUCUUUAUACCUUUUGUGCUCCCCCCUUUUAUUAUAUAAUGAAUAUGCAUUACUUUUAUAAUAGGGAAAUAAUAAAGUUAAAACUUCAACUAUA